AUGUCUCUAACCAGAGAAAAACCAGACUUAAGCAAUGAAAAUUUAAAUCUAGUAUGUCGAGCGUGCUUGUCUACGACAGGUAUUUUUAAAAAUAUGUUAGACUGGGGAUUAGCUAUUGAUUUUUACAAGAUUACGAAUAUUAUGCUUCAUCCUGCCGACACAAUAUCUAAAUCUCUGUGCAUAGCAUGUGAAGAAAUUCUUACAACAUGUAUGAGAUUUAAGAGGCAGGCAGAGGAAUCUGAUUCAAUUUUGAAGGAAGCAAUUAAUAAACAAAUUGCAAUAUCCUCAAACAAUGAAUCAAAUGAGCUGCAGAAAAAUGAAGAAAAUGAUAUACAAUUUGUAAUAGAUGAUAAUAAGAUAAUAUACAAAGUUAACGCACCAAAUAUGGAUACUAAACUUUACUAUACUUGUCCUUUCUCAUGUAAUUUCUCUUGUUUAAAACAAACCCAACUUUUGAACCAUUUGAAGAUGCAUGAUAAACAUAUCAAUUAUGAAGUAGAAGUACAGUUCUAUUGUUCUUAUACAAAUUGCGCUUACCAUGUCCACUCUGGCAAGAACAAGUACUUCCCUCACAGGAAAGCACUGAAUCAGCACACUAAUAAAGUUCAUAGCCACAAAAUCAUUUGCAGAGAAUGCAAUUUGACUUUCACGGCACAAAUUGGUUACAAUCAGCACCUGGAAACAUGUAGAUUUAUCUACUGCUGUGAGAUAUGUGAUAAGAAAUAUCCAAAGAAUGAAAGUCUUAUGGUGCACCUAAUGCGUCAUCACCCAGAAGUACACAAAAAGUAUAAAAAAGAGAAAGCCGAAAAGCGAAAAUCUGAAACUUCCACGACAGCGAAGAAACAUAAAGAUAAAGUUGAUGUAGGCGAUAGUCCAAAGCGAUCUCCUAAGAAUGUUAAGAGCAAUGUCCUGUUGUCAUGGCAACCUGGAAACGAGAUAUCCACACAGACGCAAUGCUUCGACCUACCCUCACCUAGAUCGCAGACGAGCGAAAAUGAAUCGUUCUUCUUUUCUGAAACGGUGUCCCUAUCUGAUAUACAAACUCAGACUAUACCUAUAGAAUUUGGAUUAAAUAAGGAGACUAUUACUAGUCAAACUCAGUUACCUGACCUCAGUAUAAAGGAAACACAGACAUGUCUCUGUUUAUACGACUCCCAGACUAGAUCUAGCGAGAGGGUUUCACCAAAUUCAAAUGGAUCGUAUCCGAUGAAUUGUAUAUCGACUGAAACACAAACUUUGGACUUUGAUGAGCUACUGAGACACAAUUCGGCUGAAACGCAGACCUCCUUUGAUGAUUUGCUGUCGGAGGAUGGAUUAUGA